AUAUUCAAUUCCGAUACGCGUGUGGUUUUGAUUAUUAUUCCCAAUUACAAGUUCAGUUGCAUUUGCAAUGCAAAUGUAAUUCGGCGGCUUACAAAAUUUUAACACUAUGUUAUUGAAGUUAUGUAUCUUUUUAAUAACGACCGUUCAUGUCUAUGGCUAUCGCGGUCCAACGUUUAGAUCUAGUAUUAUGGAAGGUAAUAAACCCAUAUUACGAAUGCCGCCAGAGAAUUCAGUUGAACAAAUUGAUAAUUCCCCGGAAGAAUCAUUAGAAGUUGAGCCAUUCUGGAUUGAAGAACUGCGUCACAAUAUUAAGCAAUUGGUUGAAAAAUUAGGACACAAGAAAGCCAAAACACAUAUUAAGCAGCUGGUUAAAGAAACUGAAGACAAUAAUAACGUAUUAUUGCAUGUUGAAGUAUCUAGCGACGGUACCUCUGAUAUAAAAUAUAAGUAUCAUAUGAGAGCUGCAUAUUUUGAGAGUUAUGGUUUAGGUACAGGCUACGCAGGCCUCCCAGGCAUGGGUACCACUAUGGCGCAUCCAAUAAUGACACCGGAGCCAGACCCGCAAUGGCUGGCAGAUCUGAAGGUUUUCAUCAAAGAGCUUAUCGGGAGAUACGGGAAGAGAAGACUGGAUGAGUUCGUCACUCCUGUUAUAAAAGCCAUUCAAAAACAGUACAAUAUCAUCAUUAAAGAUAUAGAUGUUGAUCACUAUGGUGAGGUUUUCGUGAAUUAUAUCAAGAGAAGCCCCUUUCAUUCUCCCUGGACAUCGGGAAGAAAAAGACACACAAGGAAAAAUCGCGAAAGUACCAGUGAAUCUGAUAUCUCAGAUCGAGAAGAUAUCAGAGGUGUUACCGAAAUACCCAUGGAAAAGAAAUAGGAUAAUAAAACAAUCCAAACAUCUAA